AUGCCUCUCUUCGGGAACACCUUCAGCCCAAAGAAGACCCCCCCCAGGAAAUGCGCCUCUCUCUCCAGUUUGCAACUGGAUAGAUCGGCCCAUGCGAUCGAUCAGGGCCCGGAAUACAGCAUCCCCACCAUGAACCUCGCCGGCCAGAGCCUCAAGUUUGAAAAUGGCCAGUGGGUGGCAGAAUCAGGAAGCUUCACGGGGGAUCGCAGGGAAAUGCAGCGCUUGCGCAAACGGAACCAGCAGCUCGAGGAAGAAAACAACCUCCUUCGGCUGAAAGUGGAUAUUCUGCUGGACAUGCUCUCCGAGACGACCGCUGAGACCCACCUGAUGGAGAAGGAGCUGGAGGAGCUGAAGCACCACAGCCGGAGGAGGAAGUGA